AUGGGAACAUAUGCUUCCGCAACUGAAGAAGAGAAACCAAAUACAAAUAAAGGCCAAAUACAUUUCUGGAGGAAUUUCAGCUAUGAUCAAGAAGGUCGUCCAUUCCUCAAAGUUGCUCACGAUUCUAAUAUGGAGGAUACAGGAAAAGUGUUAACGCAUGAAUGGAAACUUGGAAUGCCGAGAAUUGUGUUGGUUGUCAUGUCCAACGUUGCACCUUUAGCACAGUGGUCGAACUCUCGACAAAUCAAGAAUUUCCAAAAAGGUCUUAUGAGUGCAACUAAUACAACGGAAAUGUGGAUAUUAACGAACGGAAUGAAUGUAGGUGUCAGUAAAAUAAUUGGAGAUGCCGUCCAGGAAGAAAUGCAAAGACGAAAAUCAAAAGAGCACUUUCAGAAACACCACAACUCAAGAGCAGACCCUAAUUCGAGGAUAGUGCUAAUUGGUUUAGCAAGAGAAGAUCUUUUGAAUCACGGAGAUGCGAUUGAGGGUCGGAGAGUAGAAAUUGAAAACGAAGGCAACAGAAUAGAAGAUCAAAAAUUUGACCUAAACCCCGACCACUCGCAUUUCGUAGUUGUGAAAGAUGGGACGAUCAGCAAGACAGGAAUCAACUACUUUUUACUGAGACUGCAACAGUAUUUAGCAUCUGCACUGGAGCACCCACGCCAAUCGUCUUCAAAGUAUCAAAUGAAAACAAAUUAUGACGAAAAUUCUCUGGGUACAAUGGAGAUACCCGUUGUUGCAGUGCUUUUCCAGGGUGGUGCAGACUGCGCACGUUUGGUUUUGGAUCAUCUUAAGCGUCAUCUGCCUUUGGUGGUAAUGAAAGGAAGCGGAGGUUUAGCAGAUAUCCUUGGUUUUGCUUACACGGAAAUAAGCCAAAGAACUCAAGGGAUUUCAGAUGCAGAAUUUUCUGAAAAUUACCUAAAACCAGAGUUAUCCAGAAAAAUUAUCGAAAAAUUUCCGAAGCUGAGAGAUAACAGUAUGGCGCGGAAUAUAUUUAGAGACAGGAUAUUGGAUUGUGUUCGCUUUGCGAAACAAAACGAGCAAGUGUACAUGACUGUGUUGAACAUCUACGAGCAUAGCUGCAAUUUGGAGAACAUUGGGAAUCAUUUAUUAAGAGCCUUAUUUAAAUCACAGAUGAUAGAUAAUACAAACUGGCAUGCUCAAAUGCACAAAGACCUCUAUCUCACUUUGGACUGGAAUAGCCCCAAUGUUGCUAUGUCGGAAGUAUUUUUGAAGGAUCAGUCCAACAAAUUUAAAAUUGAAAAAGACGUUUUUGAAGAAGCACUGUUGAGACCACAAAGAGAAAGUUUCGUUGAUUUGUUUUUGAGACAAGGUUUCAAAAUACAUAAAUAUCUAACACCAAGAAGACUUAUUCUUUUGUAUAAGAAAGCAAGGUAUCAAGAAUUUUUCCAGUCGGUUUGCUGGGAAGGUGCCCUUGGAUACGGGCCAGUGUCAAAUCUUACUAAGAACUUUAUCGAAACAGACUUGAAUUGGUUAAUUGAAAAAACUACAACCUUAGAAAAUUUCAUCAAUUCUCAAGAGUUAUCUUUGAACGCUAUGGGGAUGUACAACACAGAUCCCGCCGCUGCUGAACGCAAAGCGAAAGUCCUGCUGACUUUCUGGGCAACAUUCACGAAUCGCAUUACUUUGGCGAAGACCCUGUGGAAGCACGCCGAUCAGCCAAUUCAUUUGGCUCUUGUUCUUUCCAUGAUAAUAGAGAGACUGACGAUUUACGUAAACGAUGCUUCAUUGAAAACAGAAAUGGAAGAAUCUAGCAGAGAUUUUGCCGACAUUGCUACUUCAAUGUUAGACGCAUGCUACUUAGAUACCCCCAGUAAAGCCUUUGACGUUCUGAACGAGGAAAGUCCAGAAUGGUCUUAUAAAACUGCAGUGGACAUCGCUGCUCAAGCUCAGAAUAAAAGGUUUCUGUCACACAUCUGUUGCCAAAAAUGGCUGACUCAUGAGUUUUUUGGAAAAGUCAAGAUCAGAGAUUUGUCGUGGGGCAUUUUUACUAUCCCAACAAGCAUAAAGGUUUUGCUAUGUGCUUUUCUUAUAUUCCCAAUGUAUGGGUGGACAGUUUUCCAAACAAAAGAGUGUACUCUUCCGGAUGAAGAUAAGGAUACUAUUGACUUUGACUCAGAUGAUGAAAGCGACAAUAAAACUCUCAUUAACGACUCAUCUGAUCAAAAUGAUAAAUACGCCAUACACCAUCCGCCCAUAUGGAAAAUGAUGUACUUGAUGUGGAGUGCUCCAAUAACGAAAUUUUGGACUUUUCAGGUGUUUUAUGUUGUGUACUUAGCACUAUUCAGCAUAGCAGUUAUGUGGCAGUCAUGUGGAAAUUAUCAUCUGGAUAUGACAGUUUGCUGCUGGACAUCUUUAAUAGCCUUGGAAUCCGUGCAUCCAGCAGUAAGAAUGAGAAAAAAAUAUAAAGUCCAAGCAUUUGUUUUGAAAAUUUUAGAGAUCAUCAUAAUGUUCAUGUUUGUUUUACUGUAUGCCGUCGGACGCCUCAUCGAGCCGAGACAAAUUGAUCCUUACACCACAAGGGUCAUUUUAUGUUUGGGUCUUCUGUAUUUUUAUUACCGCAUCAUUGCCAUAUACCUCCCCAUUUCCCCAACAUUGGGACCAUUAUUAUACAGAGUGAAGCUUAUGGUUCUCGUCGAUUUCAUCAAUUUCAUGCGCAUGACCAUCCUCGUCAUCAUCAGUGGCGGAAUCGUCAUCCAUGCCGUCAUGUAUCCAGAUUAUCCUUUUAAUAUUGAGCUUUUCCGAAGAACAUUUCACAAGGCGUGGUUUUCGCUCUUCAUGACUCCAAUUGAUGACCUAGGAAGUAAAAAUUCUCACUUAUUUAAACUCAUUUUGGACUCGAUACUAAUAGGGAAAUACGAUGACGUUAAGUGUCCAAAUGUUGGCUGGUGGGCAUACAUUUUUAAUAUUCAGUAUUUCGUGUUACUGAAGUUGAUUCUUCUCACACUUCUAUACGCACUUUUCAGUGCGACAGCAUCUAAAUUGUCAGCUGAAAGCGACGCCAUUUGGAAAUUUCAACGAUAUCAUCUGGUUGUUGAUUUUUCUAACCGUUUGCGGCUACCGGCUCCUUUGAACAUUGUGAGCUAUAUCAUAAUCGGCAUACAAUUUCUGCGCUGGUGCUUUUGCUGUAUAUUUUGCCGAGAGGAUAAAAUGAAAUUUCAGUCCGAUAUGCAUCAGGUUACAGCAAAAGACUACACUUAUUGGAACCAACUGGCUCACGAAUAUGAUGCCGUUCAGCAGACCAAAGAAAUGGAGAAAGACAUCAUAGAGAAGCAAAUGGACAUGACUAGAAGUUUGAUUGAAGAUUUUGUUUACCACAAGCAAAUGAUGCAAGGUUUAAAAAGUUCCGUUAGAGAACUCGAACGCUUGAUGAACUAUUCGCAUGUUCAUUUAGAGAACAUUCGGCAUUUGACAAAUCGAGAUGCUGGGUUGACAGCUUGGGACAACGUUCCUGACACAAAUAAUCGUGCUUUGCCACCAGUUAUGAACGUAUUAUCACGUCGUUCGCCAUAUCCAGGAACUCGAGUACAAAGAUUCCCAGUUCCAGAUAAGUAUGUUCCAUGGGAAGUAAUGUGGAUUGCUUACGACCCAGUGGCAUAUACUCUACCACGGCAAGAUUUUCCUGUUGCUCUACAGUCCUUUGUAGAUGAAGACUUGUUAUUACUUCAGGAAAAACAAUGCCCACAGGAGGCUCUUCCGGUAUAUUCUUGGAACAGUGUCACGGUCAAUCCAGCAGGCAUUGGAUUGGACAGAUUAUCUUGGAUAACGAGCAAUGAUGGUUCCAACCUGGUGUACAAGUUGGAUAGCGAAGGAGUUCCAAAGAAUCCAAUGGGAAGAACGGGAUUACGCGGAAGAGGAAGUUUGCUUCGCUGGGGUCCCAAUCACUACAUGCAGAUUAUAAUAACAAGGUAUCAAAAAACUAGAGAGUAUUUCUUAUCAACUAAAGGUUUGGAAUUCGUGGUUUUGUGGUCUGAGAAACGAUUCCAGCUGUCAAUACCCGGGGGUUUUGUAUCCGGCGAACACAGGUAUGAAGUCAUAAGAUCCAUGUUUAAAUCUCAAUACACAGGAAAUACGAUUUGGUCUGAUGCGAAAGAAGUAAAUAAGUUCUUUUUGGACUGUGUGGUGCAGAAGAUAGAAAAAUCGGACAGCAAUGAAUCUUUGGACAGCAUCAUCGAUAACGAUGAGAGCAGCAAGGUGCUUUGCGAGGUGGUCUGUAGGGGAUACAUGGAUGAUCCCAGCAACACAGAUCAGGCCUGGAAAGAAGUUGAACUGUGGCAUGUGCAUUAUGACACUGCUGAGAAUGUAUCGGAAAGAUUGCAGGCUCAAAUGGGCUGGAGGUUGAUAACAGAGGAUGCAUUUUUCAAGCUUCCAGCAGGACAAGCAGUCCUAUUACAAGACAUAGCUAGAAAGAUGAAGGCCACCAUCUUGUAA